AUGUCCCCGGGAGGCCAGCUCUGCAGGGCCGUGUUGCUCUCAGUCAUGCUGCUGCUAUUGUGUGUGGAGAGAGUGAAGCCUCAGAAAGAGGGCCCGUACCUCGAGGCAAAGAGUCUGGAGGAGGCGUCCUCCACAGACCAGAAUCAAGCGGAGUAUAAAGAACACUUUUACGCCUUUUCGGACGGGGACAUGUGGCAUCAGGCGGACAUGAUGCAGAGUGUGUCCAAGUCAACUUCCGUCCACACCUACGUCUUCGACCUGGCCUUCUGCUUCAAUCUGGCCAGCAUCGUGGUUUUUUUAUGA